AGCUCAAGCAUCUCAUCCGACGUGAGUUCAAGUACAGAUCACACGCCCACCAAAGCCCAGAAGAAUGCAGCUACCAGUGAAGACUCCGACCUGAGCAUGCGGACACUCAGCACACCCAGUCCAGCAUUAAUAUUUCCACCGAAUUCCCCCGGUUUCCAGAAUGGCAGAGGGUCGUCGACGUCUUCGUCCUCAGUCACUGGGGAAACGGUUGCCAUGGUCCACUCGCCACCUCCAACCCGUCUCACUCAUCCUCUCAUCCGGCUGGCAUCCAAGCACCAGAAGGAACAGGCCAACAUAGACCGGCUGCCUGACCACUCCAUGGUCCAGAUAUUCUCCUUCCUGCCCACCAACCAGCUGUGCCGCUGUGCCCGCGUGUGCCGCCGCUGGUAUAACCUUGCCUGGGACCCCCGACUUUGGAGGACUAUUCGCCUGACCGGCGAGACAAUCAACGUAGACAGGGCUCUUAAAGUGCUGACCCGGAGGCUUUGUCAGGAUACACCCAACGUAUGUCUCAUGUUGGAGACGGUAAUUGUUAGUGGCUGCAGGCGGCUCACGGACAGAGGACUCUACACCAUUGCCCAGUGCUGUCCAGAACUGAGGAGGCUGGAGGUGUCUGGCUGUUACAACAUCUCCAAUGACGCGGUCUUUGAUGUUGUGUCACUAUGCCCAAACCUGGAACACCUGGAUGUGUCAGGCUGCUCCAAAGUAACAUGCAUCAGUUUGACUCGUGAAGCCUCCAUCAAGCUGUCUCCUUUACAUGGGAAACAGAUCUCCAUUCGCUACUUGGACAUGACAGACUGCUUCGUCCUGGAGGACGAAGGACUGCACACCAUUGCCGCUCACUGCACUCAACUGACCCACCUGUACCUGCGCCGCUGUGUCCGCAUCACCGACGAGGGUCUCCGCUACCUGAUGAUUUACUGCACGUCCAUUAAGGAACUGAGCGUGAGCGACUGUCGCUUUGUCAGUGACUUCGGCAUGCGGGAGAUUGCCAAGCUGGAGUCGCGCCUCCGAUACCUUAGCAUUGCUCACUGCGGCCGGAUCACAGAUGUGGGCAUCCGCUACAUAGCCAAAUACUGCAGCAAGCUGCGCUACCUCAACGCGCGGGGCUGCGAGGGCAUCACGGACCACGGUGUGGAGUACCUCGCCAAAAAUUGCACAAAACUCAAAUCGCUAGAUAUUGGCAAGUGCCCUCUGGUCUCAGACACCGGCCUGGAGUUUCUAGCCCUCAACUGCUUCAACCUGAAGCGCCUGAGCCUGAAAUCAUGUGAGAGCAUCACUGGGCAGGGCCUGCAGAUUGUAGCUGCCAACUGUUUUGACCUGCAAAUGUUGAAUGUGCAGGACUGCGAUGUCUCUGUGGAUGCUCUGCGAUUUGUUAAACGACACUGCAAGCGCUGUAUUAUAGAGCACACCAACCCUGCCUUCUUCUGA